AUGGCUGACACAACCUCGAUGAGUCUUGAGCAGAUCCAGGAGGAGCUGACAGUGCAAAAGGUUAUCUUAGAGUCCCUUUCUGACGCAACGUAUGAUGGGGCUGAGGAUAUGAGACAAGAUGCUCACUCGCAGAUUGUUCACCUCAAGAAGCUUCUUCAAACCUUGAAACAGAAGAAGGAGCCUGGUACUACUACUGGUGAAUCUCAUCACCACGCCCCCGAAGAUCGUUUCCCUGGAUCAUCAACUCUAGAGGAUGCUGAGCCUGGAGCAUCAAAAGCCAUGCAAUCUCCAUCACGACACGGUGUUUGGCGUUUACCUGAUCGAAAGAGGGGUGCCGACUCAGCUCGCCUCUCCUUCCAUGACAAUCAUGCCAAGACACGCCGCAUUUCCCCUGAAGAUAAUACCUUCUCGACUGCCAUGGCCUACGGCAAUGCUGGUGACCAUAUCGACUUCAUAGACCUUACUGGGGACGAUGAUGACAUAGGAUCCGACUUCAUCGCUGAACAACUCAAGGCUGAAGGGAGACAAAAGCAGGAAUGGGGAGACCAACAGCUCGCGAGACAACUUGCGAGUCAAGGCGCUUCCAGUCAACCUUCAGGCUCACAAUCUUCUCAAAAUAACGCCUUUACACGACUCAUGAACAGCCAGCCUGCCCUUUCUACCCCGCUUGAUGACGCAGAUGACGACCUCUUUCGGAUCCCUGGCGCUUAUGAUGCGCGAUGGGAUGAUUCUUCAGGUGCCGGGCCAGCUUUCAACAUACCCCAAAGGCGCAUGGUCCCUCAGUACAUACCUGUGGCAACAUUCUCAAACCACAACGCCAUCAAGGACGACCCGGAUCUUAUCUUCGCUGGAUCUGUUACUCGCCAACCACCAACUCCUUCUGGUCGUCCGAUCCUGGCUUCCGGCAUGAACUACCCAGACCUGACUAGGCGUCAUGCUGGGGCGCCUCCUGCUGGCGUCUGGCCUAACAAUUACAGCUCACCCAGUUCUUCAUCAAAUUUAUCAGGACUCGCCAAUUUGACUCGAUGGAGUAACGGACUUGACUUCGUAAGCGGGCUAGAUGCCGAUGGCACGCCAAUAAACCCCCAUCUGAUGAGUUUCGCGAGAGAAGCGGACAGUUUCCAUACGCCUCAGCUCGACCAAGGAGAACUUGAUGCUCUCCUGAAAAAUAUCUCUGCUGAUAUGGAUCUUCCCAAGGCAGUUCUAGGCGAGGCACCGGAAGGGUUGAAGAGACCCCUGUAUCCCCAUCAGGACAUUGCUCUAGCCUGGAUGAAGAAAAUGGAAUCAGGGACAAACAAAGGUGGUAUUCUUGCUGAUGACAUGGGGCUCGGAAAGACAAUUUCAACACUUUCACUCCUCCUGGACCGACGGGCACCCACAAGGCCAAAGACAAACCUCAUCGUUGCCCCUGUGGCGCUCCUACGUCAAUGGGAAGAAGAAAUUGCUACCAAGACCAAACCAACACACCGGCUCUCAGUAUAUGUUCAUCACGGCAAAAAGGCCUCGAUUGAUGAUUUGCUUAGAUACGACGUGGUGCUGACAACAUAUGGUACGGUGUCACAAGAGCUUAAGCGAUUUGAAAAGAUCGUGGAGGAUCAUAAGGAAAGGGGAGGAAACAUCAACUGGAACGACACGACCAUCAGUUCCAAACUAUCACUUCUGCACCCAGUCAAGGCCCAAUUUUACCGUGUCAUUCUUGAUGAGGCACAAUGCAUUAAGAACAAGGACACAAAGGGUGCCAAAGCUUGCACCCAACUGAAAUCGAUCCACCGAUGGUGUCUGACAGGAACACCCAUGAUGAAUGGAAUCAUAGAACUGUACUCUCUUGUCAAGUUCCUGAGGAUUAAACCGUACUCGAAGUGGGAAGAGUUCCGACAGGGAUUUGGUGUUCUAUUUGGCCGCAAUGGAGACCCCAAACACGUGGCAAUGGAUAAGCUACAAGCACUUCUCAAAGCCAUCAUGCUCCGACGUAAGAAAAGCUCAAAACUCAACGGUAAGCCUAUCCUUGUGCUCCCCGAGAAGACGGAAGAAAUCAUCUAUGCCGAAUUGUCACCCGAGGAGCGCGAUUUCUAUUCCCAGCUUGAAAAGCAUGCCAGGGUCCAGUUCAGCAAAUAUCUUCGUGAUGGGACGGUCAGCAAGAACUACUCCAACAUUCUUGUUCUCUUGCUUCGCUUGCGCCAGGCUUGUUGCCAUCCACAUCUCAAUCUGGAUGUCGACGAGGCCGCCUCUUCGUCUAUCCCAGAUGAAGAUAAAAAGCAGCUGGUCAAAGAGUUGGAUCAAGCUAUAGUGGAUAGGAUCAAGGAGGUCGGGGCGUUCGAAUGUCCCAUCUGCUAUGAUGCCAUUCAAUGCCCCAGCUUUUUUAUUCCCUGCGGCCACGAUAGUUGCAGUGAAUGCUUGGUUAAGAUUGUAGAAAGCGCUUCGUCGGUCAAUUUGCAGGAGGGAAAUGAAAGCAGCCGGGCUAAGUGCCCCGUCUGUCGCGGCCAAUUCGACCCUGUCAAGUGUUUUACCUACGACAUCUUUCGUGAGGUGCACAUGCCGGAAACCGUCAAGAAAGAAUCCAGCAUGGAAGCAGCUGCCGAUGAAUCUGACGAUGACUCAGACUCAGACUCAGAGUAUGAGUCAGAUGAUGAGGUGGACAAAAAGGGCAAUCUCAAAGGUUUCAUCGUUAACGACGAAUUUCCGGACGAGGAUGAAAAGGUAUUGGUCAAGAAACAGAGCAAAGGGAAGGGGAAAUGGAAGAACAAGGGGAAGGCAAAGUCAUCGGAUGUCAAGCCUGCCAUGCUUAAGACCCUGCGCAAGGAGGCUUACAAGAACCGCGAGGCGUUCAAAAAGUACAUGCGGUAUCUACGCAAGACCUGGGAACCCGCCGCCAAGGUCACAGAAUGCAUGAAUCUUAUCAAGAAGAUCGAGGAAACCGGUGAGAAGACCAUCAUCUUUUCUCAGUGGACCCUGUUAUUGGAUCUGCUACAGGUCGCCAUGUCACAUGAGAAGAUGGCUAAGCCAGAGAGAUACGACGGCUCAAUGUCCGCGACUCUUCGCAACAUUGCGGCUCAGAAUUUCCGCGAGCGAAAUGACACCAAGGUUAUGCUGGUUUCCCUCCGAGCUGGAAAUGCAGGCCUGAACCUCACCGCCGCGUCUCGUGUGAUUAUUAUGGAUCCUUUCUGGAAUCCAUACAUCGAGAUGCAAGCCGUCGAUCGGGCGUAUCGAAUUGGGCAACAACAGGAGGUGAAGGUGUAUCGCAUUUUGACCAAGGAGACUGUCGAAGACCGAAUCGUAGAAUUGCAAAACAAGAAAAAGGAGAUGGUGGAGGCUGCGCUGGACGAGACUGCAGGCAGCAAGAUCGGCCGUCUCAGUAUCAACGACCUCAAGAAUCUUUUCGGAUUCAACCGCUAA